AUGGAUGAUCUCUUAUGUGUGCUACAGCGAGCACAUGGAUUGGUGACCAGUGCCGGGAGAGAUCUCACCACCCUGCGUUUUCAGCUGGGGGAGCAGGAGGAUGAAGCUUCGGAAAAUACUGGUGCCAUGAACUUACAAACCAUUGUCCAACAACGGCACGAAGCUGCUACCCAACUUCUCUUAGCUGGGUUCGAUCUCUUUGUGAAAAAGAUGGAUGAGCUCGAUUGGAAGGCAUCAACGCUAGGUAACGUUUUUGCAAAAGAUAAAGAGUUAAAUACUGUCAAAAAGACGAUGCAGCGCUACUUCAACGGUCAAAAUAAGCUAAGGGAGUCAGAGGAAGAAGAUUUUCAGUCGCUUUUGCGAAUUCAUGAAAUGAAACAGAGCCAUCUGGUCGAUGCUGCGGCUGGUCUGUACACAGCGCGACUGGACGAACGUAUGCGAUGCCGGGUUCUAGUAACUUGGAUGAAAAAGUGGACGCAGCGUACACAGCUUCGAGCGCAAGAAGCACAUCUGACCGCUCUCCAGAGCACUCAAAGCGAUCUUGCCGAGCGUUUGUUUUGCACAACCCAUAAAGCUGUCUUGAAGAGAAAAGUAUGGCAAUAA